AUGUGGUUUUCCUUCUUAAGACCCAGAGACCGAUUCUCCUUGGACCAACUCAGGUAUCUGACUGACCAGCUGAGAAAAUUUCAGAUAGUAAACGAGGCCAAUAAGGAUUUCGUUGUUGAGGCACUGAGAUCAACUCCAGAGAUAUUAACUUACGGCGAUCAGCAUGACCCCUCAUUCUUUGAAUUUUUUAUGGAGAAACGAGUAAUGGAAGAUUUUGUACGUAUUUUGAGGGUUAGUAGCAGGACGGUAACAGUUUCUGUUCAGCUGUUGCAAACCAUUAGUAUUAUGAUCCACAACCUAAAAAGUGAACAAGCCAUCUACUACUUGUUCAGUAACGAAUAUUUAAACUAUAUAAUAACAUAUACGUUUGACUUCCAACAUGAAGAGCUUCUAUCUUGCUACAUAUCUUUUUUAAGAGCUGUUAGUGGACAACUAAAUAAGCAUACAAUAUCAUUGCUUGUGAAGACCGAGAACGAUGUAGUAGUAUCUUUUCCCCUUUAUGUCGAAGGCAUAAAAUUUGCAUUUCAUGAAGAGAACAUGAUACGCGCUGCAAUUCGGGCCCUUACUCUGAAUGUAUAUCACGUUGGCGAUGAAACUGUGAAUGAUUUUGUAGUUAGUCCACCACACACCGAACACUUUUCAAAAUUAGUUUCUUUUUUCCAAAAGCAAUGCAUGGAUCUAAAUGCAAUGGUGUUGAACAUUCUAAAGACCCCAGCCCUUGACUCAGGUGGAAAAUUGUUUUCUGCCGUUAAUGGGAUCGAGGACACCUUGUACUACUUUAGUGAUGUUAUCUCUGCUGGCAUUCCUGAUAUCGGGAGGUUGAUAACAGAUAACAUUCUGCAACAUCUAACGCUCCCACUUCUUCUCCCGUCUUUAUGCUCUGAGGAUAACUCUAUCAAUCCUGUCACUUCUCUCUAUCUGCUUUGUUGCAUCCUGCGGAUCAAAGAUUUGGCAAAUAUGACUGCUGCUACUCUUUUCUUCCCUGUAAAAGCUUUCAUUUCAAAUUCCCUAGUGAAACCUUUACCAUAUAGUAGCUUGGCUCAUGAACGCCUUACAUGUGGAAAUGGGCAUCCAGCCAAUGGUGUUGCUGAGGAGACAGAUCAUCAGUGUUCAAGCACUGCAAUCUCGGGUGAGAAUGGAAAUUCCCACGUUUGCAGUAAUGCCAAAAGUACCUUCAACAAUUCGCAUAUUACAUUUAGGGAGACUUUACUUAAGUAUAUAUCUGAAGGAGAUGAUGUGCAAGCUCAGUGUUCCCUGUUUGUGCUAGCGACUUUGUUGCAGACAAAAGAAAUUGAUGAGUCAAUUCUAGAUGCUUUUGGCAUUCUUCCUCAGCGUAAGCAGCACAAAAAACUUCUGCUGCAAUCUUUGGUUGGGGAGGACUCUGGUGAAGAACAACUGUUUUCACCGCAAAAUGGUUCUAUGAGAGAUGGCUCAAGUACUGAACUAGAUUGGUAUAUAGGGAGGUUGGAGGAGGAGUUUGGAGUAUGUUGUUCACUGCCUGGGCCUGCAAUGUGCCCACGUGUUCAUAGACAUCAGGUGGUGAAUGCAUUGGUCAGUCUUCUCUGCCGGGAAGACAUAUCUGCAGAAACAUUAUGGGAUGGAGGAUGGCUUUUACGCCAAUUGCUUCCUUACAGCGAGGCAGAAUUUAACCGCAAACAUCUCAAGAUGCUAAAUGUUUCGUAUGAGAAAUGUACAAGUGCUCUUACCCGGGAGAUUAAAGGUACCUGGUCUGAUCUACUAAUCACAGUACUGCUUGACGAGUGGAAAAAGUGCAAAAGAGUGAUUGAAGGUCCAUCCCCUCAAAAAGAGCCUAAAUCCGUUCUUCUCCAGCUGGAUAAAUCCUCUUCUAAUGGUUUGUCAAUUGUUAGCGAAUCAUCAUUCACCGCAGGUGAAAGAUUAUACGAGUUGGUAAAGACAUAUGAUAAUCAAGCCUUUCCUCGUCAGGUUUUCGUGCUUCUUCAUCAACUUCAAAUCAUCUCGCUCGGUAGGCCUUUACCGGAGCAACCUCCUAUCCAUCCUCCCUUUGGCAGAUCUGAAACGUCUGGUGCUACAAUUACUGCUUUGGAUGUUUCAAUUCCCAAACCUGGCACCAAAUUGAUGCUGUUCCCUGUUGGGUUGCCCUUUGAAAGAAAGAAUGAACUUGAAGUAUCGUUUCUAGCAAUAUUAUCUGGUGUGUCUGGGUGGAUUGUCCUUACUGAUCUUGAUCACGGAAUAGUCCGUGUUGCCGCUCCUUUAGCCGGCUGCAAACCCCGAAUAGAUGAAAAACACCUAAAUUGGCUACACUUGAGAAUCCGACUAACUACGUUACCGUUCCUGGAUCCAACAAAGCACGGAGUCUAUGAGAAGCUCAAGUCCAAAGGUGUAGUAGAUGGGAGUUGGACGUUAGCAUUCACGAACGAUGAAUCUUGUUACGCUGCUUACUCAAUGGUUACACGUAAGGUCGAUCUACAAUGCAGUGAGGUAGAAAGAAGGUUAAAGCCAUUGUUUGACCUUGAAAGAAACCAGCGUGAUUAA